AACUGGGGUUCAUCAAACGCAGAUCAGUGUUCAGUAGUUUGGGGUUCACGUUCAGAACUGAAAUUAAGCAUCUGGGUCCCAGCUUAGGUGCUCAGUUCCAGUUGGAACACGGGGCUGAACAUCUGGAAAAGAGUCCUAGAGGGGGAAGUUUUCAGGUGUUUGAGGGUUUGGAGUCCGAGAAGGGAGGGGGUGCGGUCUGCUGAGCUUCCACGUUUGCAGAAUUUGUGCGUGGCCAAAAGGAGAAGUUUGUUAACGUCAAAUCGUGAGGUGUGGGUUUUAGAAUUUGUGUGCAAUCACGGUGAGGUGUCAAGACCAACUGGAUGAUGAUGGGUUGGGGUUUGAGAUGUUAAAUUUCAGUGGUGUGGUGCCCAGUGAUGGGACUCUGUUGAACUCUGGGGGUGGCUUUAUAUCCCAGGAACCAGGGCUAUCUGGAGUUGGUGUCUGGAGUGUGACAUCUGAGCCUGAUUUUUCUGUUGGGGCUUGAAGUUUAGGUAGCUCACCAUCAUGCUCAAAGCGGUGAUCCUGAUUGGAGGUCCUCAAAAGGGCACUCGCUUCAGGCCAUUGUCCUUUGAGGUACCCAAACCACUGUUUCCUGUGGCGGGGGUCCCUAUGAUCCAGCACCACAUUGAGGCCUGUGCCCAGGUCCCUGGGAUGCAGGAAAUUCUGCUCAUUGGCUUUUACCAACCGGAUGAGGCCCUUACCCAGUUCCUAGAAUCUGCGCAGCAGGAGUUUAACCUUCCAAUCAGAUACCUCCAGGAAUUUGCCCCCCUGGGCACAGGGGGUGGUCUGUAUCAUUUUCGGGACCAGAUCCUAGCUGGAGGCCCUGAGGCGUUCUUCGUGCUCAAUGCUGAUGUCUGCUCUGACUUCCCCUUGAGUGCUAUGUUGGAUGCCCACAGAAACCAGCGCCACCCUUUCUUACUCCUUGGCACUACGGCUAACAGGAAACAGUCCCUCAACUAUGGCUGCAUCGUUGAGAAUCCACAGACACAUGAGGUCCUACACUACGUGGAGAAACCUAGCACAUUCAUUAGUGACAUCAUCAACUGCGGCAUCUACCUCUUCUCCCCAGAAGCCCUGAAGCCUCUUCGCGACGUCUUCCAGCGGAAUCAGCAGGAUGGGCAACUGGAGGACUCUCCAGGCUCCUGGCCAGGGGCAGGAACCAUCCGCCUGGAGCAGGAUGUGUUCUCAGCCCUGGCUGGGCAGGGCCAGAUCUAUGUGCACCUCACGGAUGGGAUCUGGAGCCAGAUCAAGUCUGCAGGCUCAGCCCUCUAUGCCUCUCGCCUCUAUCUGGACCGAUACCAGAUCACACACCCAGAACGGCUAGCCAAGCACACUCCAGGGGGUCCACGAAUCCGAGGAAACGUGUAUAUUCACCCAACGGCUAAGGUGGCCCCAUCUGCUGUGCUGGGCCCCAACGUCUCCAUCGGGAAAGGGGUGACGGUGGGCGAGGGUGUGCGGCUCCGAGAGAGCAUUGUCCUCCAUGGAGCCACGUUACAGGAACACACCUGUGUCUUGAACAGCAUCGUGGGUUGGGGGAGCACCGUGGGGCGCUGGGCUCGUGUGGAGGGGACGCCCAAUGACCCAAACCCCAACGACCCCCGAGCUCGUAUGGACAGUGAGAGCCUCUUCAGGGAUGGGAAACUGUUGCCUGCCAUCACCAUCCUGGGCUGCCGUGUCCGGAUCCCUGCUGAGGUGCUGGUCCUGAACUCCAUUGUUCUGCCACACAAGGAGCUGAGCCGCAGCUUUACCAACCAGAUCAUCCUUUGAGGGGGGCUGCCGGAAGGCCCCCCAACUCCCUUUCCGCCUCUCUUUGAGGCUGCUGCUUGCUUGGCCAACCUCUGUGCAGAAGGGAGCAGAGGAAGCCAGGAACGAUGUGGGUGGCCUGGGACUCCUGGCUUCCCUCCCCAAAUAAACCCCUCGUGAACCU